UAUGUGGCAUAUUAUGCAGAAGUUCAGCCGAAAAUUGGGUUCGAUGACUGAUUUUCCCCAAAUAAAAGUUGCCCUACAGAAUGUCAUAUACAACAGUUUGACCCCUGUUGAAUUCGAAGAAGGUUGGGCUGAAGUGGUGGAAACUUUCAAGCUGAAGGAGGCUAAGGAAAGCUACAAGUGGCUAGUAGGGUUGUAUAAUCAGCGAGAAAUGUGGAUACCUGCAUAUGUGAAGCAUAUUUUUUGGGCGGGGAUGCAGACGACUCAGAGGGUUGAGAGUAUUAACAGUUUCUUCGACGGGUACUUGAAGAAGAAUACGAGAUUAUAUCAGUUUGCUCCUAGGUACUGCAAGGCCAUGGAAAGUAGGGCCAAUGAUGAAAAAGCUGCUGAUGUGAACUGCUGUCGUUUUACUCGGUCUUUGGUUGGAGAGUUUGCUGUGGAGAGGAAGUUCCAGAAACUAUAUACGGAUGCGAAGUUCGUUGAAGUCCAGAUCCAAUGUAUGCGGGUAUGUUACGUAACACCUAUUACUUCGAAAGUAGUUUCUGAUGUGGAGGUUGAGCAUACGGUGUCUGACAAAGUAUGGGUAUGGUCCAAGUUCUUGAGAAAGGAAAUAUCUUUGGCAGGCCGGAAGCGUAUAUACGUCGUGCUGUUCAACAAGGAGACCUCUUUUGCAAAGUGUGACUGCAAACAUUUCGAGUGCCACGGCAUUAUGUGUAGGCACAUCAUUAAGGUGUUGGACGUGGAGGAUGUGGAAAAUGUGCCUGUUGGAUAUAUAGUUGACCGAUGGAGGAAAGAUAUACAACGCAAGCACACUCUUGUGAAGGUUGCUUAUCAUGAUCCCGAGAAAACAGAAGAAGUUAAGCGCUAUGACCGGAUUAUGAAUGCGGUGGAACCUGCUGCCCUCCGUGGAUCACUUUCCGAGCAGAAGUUGGAUUUGGUCAUAGAAGGUAUUAUGAAUAUUGUGUUACGUCUUGAUGAGAGUGAUGCUCUUUCAGCAUUUGGUGAUAACGAAGCUGGUGCACUGACUUCCGGGGGGAACAGGAUGGCGAUUGUUGGUACUACGACACCAGGCUCCGUUAACAAACCUCCAAACAGCGUUGGGGAUGAUACUACCACACUUACCCCCCUAUUAUGGUUAAAGAUCCUGUUCCGCGCGGUGGUUUAAAGGCUCACAGGACUCGUGAAAAAAGAUUUUUACAACCAGGUGAGAAUAAAAACUCCGCAAGGAAGCAAGUCAGGAAAAACAAGAGUGUUGUACCACAAGACUUUCCAGAAACCAGCAAUUGUCAGAACACUUGCCUUCCUCAACACAACUACGUGCAGCCGCCAAACACCUUCCAUCCUGGUUGGGGAUCCCACGAUCAAUGUGUGAGUGAAUCACAUACGCUACAAAUUAAACUUAAACAAAUAUUGAUGUGAGUUUGUGAGUUUGUGAUAUUCUAUUUAAACACAUAUUGAUUUGAGUUUGUGAUAUUUCCAGGGGUAUAGUGCUGAUUACCCGCCUCAAAUGGCUGGGCAAGUAAGGGGGACUAUGGUAUACCCUCAGCAGAACUACAACAAUGGGGUAUCUGUUCAACAGUUUCAGGUGAUUUUUUUCGUGUCCUUUUGUACCACUCAUGUUAUUAAAUGUUUA